GCCCCAAUUUGGAGAAGUUAUCCACCUCUAAAUAAAACAAAAAUUUUAUAAAAAGAAAUGGACGAAGUUCGAGUUGGGGGCAUGCUAGAAGUCCUCAGGACCUCCACGGAUCGAACGGUUAUAUACAAAUGCCUGGUUAAGCUGCGCAUGGACCUGGUGAAGGACAAAAAUGGCAUCGUUUUAUUCCGUACUGCUGGUGGCGUUCCCAUCAUGGUUCGCCUGAUAACCAAGAACGAGAAGAUAAUGGAGGUGGUUCUGAGCAUAUUGGGAAACUGCUGUACGGACGAGCAGGCCUGCAUUGAGGCUGUCGAAUGCAAGGUGAUCUCCCCGCUAGUAACAAUCCUAAAGACCAUACCUAAUCCAGUGAUUCAGUGCCGCGCCUGCCGGAUGCUCGGGAAUCUGGCCAAGAGCAAAAAGGCAGCUCAAUAUUUGAAUGUUCAUUAUGCCGCUAUUGCUCCAGCCAUCUGUCACAUUAUCGAGUCCACCAGUGCUGUGCAGACCCGCAUCAUGGCCUUUCGGGUGUGUCGCUUCCUGCUAGUUAGCAGCCAAUUCCUCAAGCACUUUCUCGUGUCCAACGGUUUCCUUCAGCUGAUGAAGAUCUUCGUGGCCGUAAUGAAGAAUAAUGAGACACCCAAAGAACCGCUUCCAGACAUAGAGGUAUCCACGCUAAUUGGCCUCAAGCGGAACCAGCACCGCGAAAAGUACUUCGAGGAGGUGGCCCGCAACCUGGAGGGAGUGCGGAGCGACAUCUUCGACUACCAGAUGCUGAAGAACUUCACGCGGAACUGCGACUACGCGCUGCCCAAACAGAAUGAUGAAGCCGUGGAGUUGGCUCUGGAGAUUUUAAAGUGUCUCGUCCUGAUCUCAGCUCAGCAGAUUGGAAUGAAAGCCUGGGAGUCCAUUUCAAGGAACACCUCACUGGCCUCGAUUGUAUGCUUUGUCAAGGAGGAUGGCGAACAGCGAGCCUCGGCCUUGAAGAUCUUGUCAAACUUUUGCAAGGAUCCGUGCGCCUUCUACAUGCUAAGCACAGCGGAUGCCAUUGUGGCUGCCUGCGAGAUGCUCAUGGCAGUCAAUAUGGUGAAGCCGUUGAAUGAAAGCGAGUGCAGGCACUGCAUCAACAUCAUAUCCACGCUAUCAACGGAUGCAUGCAGUCGCUCCAAGAUCCGGCGAUGCGGAGCUCUGCGCAAGCUGGUGGCCAUGAUACGGGACUCGAACUCUCAGAGCGAGCGUUCAUCGCUUUUCCACAUCCUCAACAACUUUCAAUAUGACAAUUUGAGCAUGGAACUCUUGCUCUGUGAGGGCCUGGUGCCCAUGCUGGUCAGGGAACUGAACGAUUAUCUGACCAGCGACGACGAGCAUCACAAACGUCGCCGAGAAGAGCGACUGCAGGGUGGAAAGAAACGUAAGCUGACAGAUCCUACAACGCCAGAGACGCUAACGAAGUUCUCAAGGACUCACGACACCAUCAACUCGGACUUUGACUCUCCGAGCAGUUCGCCCAGGUCCUAUCGCACAACCAGUCCCUGUAGUUCGCGCAGCAUGUCGCCGAUUUGCAAGGAUCUGCUGACCAACGACGACGAUGACAACUAUUCACCAGCUUGUAGUGACGAUGAUGACGAUGAAGACGACAGUGCGAAUAAUGGGGACACGAAAGACAGACGCAUAGCCAACAAUAGAGCCCAGGCCUCAAACGUUUUAGAUAUAUUAAAGCUAAUUGAUGAGGGCAGCGAAUCCAUCGAUGACACACUGUCGGACAAAGAAGAUCUCGAGGAGCUCAGCAUGGAUGUGCCGCCCAAGCUAGCCCAGUUUCGGAACCAGGCAGGCGACACAAUUGACAUUAUAGAGAACCUGAUUUAUAGGAUAACGCUGAUGGUGAACAAGCGGAUGGAGCUGGGAAAGCCUGAGACGCUGGAUACGCUUAUAAGAGCCAUCAACUUGUUUGGGGCCAACAAUAACUUUGCCAAUGCUCUGACAAACAUACUACUGGAGAGCCAGUUCUUUGCGCAAAUCAUUAAGCAUGGUGUUGUGCAUCAGCUGUAUCAGCUAACCAAGGUGGAGGAGAUGCGCAAGGAUGGCUUUGCCUUUCUGGAGACACUCACCAAUGUGGGCGAGUCCAACUAUGGCAAGGAGGAGCUGGUGCGACUUCUCCGCUGCGAUGAUAUAAAGGCCCAGCAGCGAGCCGCCAUCUCGGUGGCCUACAUCAUCAGGAGCCAUCGGCUGCUCUACCAAUUCCUGUACGACGGAAAUGCUCUUACGCUGCUCUUCGAUCUGCUGCUGCGCAUAAAGAGCGAAGAUCAGUAUGCAGAUGAGGCAUCAGAUGCCGUCACUUCAAUGGCGCGCUUCACCCUGGGCAUAGUUUUGCCCGAAGCGGAGCCUGCCGAAAGCACGGCUGAGAUUUGUACCCAACAGCUUAAUGAAACCAAGGAGCUGCACGACAACUGCGAUAUGAGAUUCCUGGUGAAUGGGGAGGGCGACACCACGCUGACCAUUGGCUUUAACAAGCAGUUGCUCUGCGACGCCAGCGAGGUGUUCAACAAGAUGCUUAACAGCAGCUUCCGCGAAGGGCACGAAGGCGAAAUCCAGCUUCGGGACUACUCAGCCCAAGGCCUGCGGUAUUUUCUGCAUUUAAUCAGCUGCCAUGAGCGGCACCCGAGCGAGCCCAACUACCCCGCCCUGUUGCAAGCCUACGAGAUGUCUAGGGUGUACAUCAUACCCGAGAUGGAAGCCGUGCUGCAGCAACGGCUUAUCCAGUUCCUGGAUUCCCACAACUGCCUGCGUUUGCUCGAGUGGGCACUGAAGAACUACCACUCGGAGCUGACGGAGACGGCCAUUAGCUACUAUCUCUGCUCCACACUGCCGGCUGCAGAGAAGAAGCAGCUGUUCCGGGCGGCGGAGGACUCAACCUACGCUAGCGAGUGGUUUCAGCUGCUCAAUGAUGCAGUGUUCGAGCGCUGCCGCAGUACCGGCUACUAGCCACGCCACCACCAUCCCAGUUGCGUUCUGUGAUCGUCUUGGCCGCUUUCCAUUCCCCGGACACGGCUCGUUAUAUUCGCCACAGCCACAGCCCUAGCCAAGUAUUUCCCUGUGCUACAAUUAUAAACUAAAAAUGUAAUUGUAUUUCUAAU